AUGCUGUCGAGGAAGGGGAUCAUCCCCGAGGAGUACGUGCUGACCCGGCUGGCGGAGGAUGUGCCGGAUCAUGCCCGGUACCGCGCACGGGAGCGGCGGGCGCGUUUUGUGGGCAAGAACGGUGCCUGCAACGUGGCCCAUAAAAACAUCCGGGAGCAGGGACGCUUCCUCCAGGACGUCUUCACCACCCUGGUGGACCUCAAGUGGCCUCACACGCUGCUCAUCUUCACCAUGUCCUUCCUCUGCAGCUGGCUGCUCUUCGGCAUGGUCUGGUGGCUCAUCGCCUUCGCCCACGGGGACCUGGACCACAGCACCCGGCUGCAGCGUGACCCCGGAGAGGGGGCGGCAGGGGCCCCGGACGGCUUUGUGCCCUGCGUGACCAGCAUCCACUCCUUCACCUCCGCCUUCCUCUUCUCCAUUGAGGUGCAGGUGACAAUUGGCUUUGGGGGACGCAUGGUGACAGAGGAGUGCCCAGCCGCCAUCCUGGUGCUGAUUGUGCAGAACAUUGUGGGGCUGGUUAUCAACGCCAUCAUGCUGGGCUGCAUCUUCAUGAAGACCUCGCAGGCCCACCGCCGGGCCGAGACCCUCAUCUUCAGCAAGCACGCAGUCAUCGCCCUGCGGGAGGGCAAGCUCUGCUUCAUGCUGCGGGUAGGUGACCUCCGGAAAAGCAUGAUCAUCAGCGCCACCAUCCGCAUGCAGGUGGUGAAGAAGACCGCCAGCCUGGAGGGGGAGGUGGUGCCCCUCAACCAGAUCGACAUCCAGAUGGAGAACCCCGUGGGGGGCAACAGCAUCUUCCUUGUCUCCCCACUCAUCAUCUACCACGUGAUAGACAAGAACAGCCCCCUCUAUGACAUCUCCCCUCUGAACCUUCACCACCAUGAGGACCUGGAGAUCAUCGUCAUCUUGGAAGGGGUAGUGGAGACCACUGGCAUCACCACUCAAGCCAGAACCUCCUACCUGGCGGAUGAAAUCCUCUGGGGCCAGAGGUUUGUGCCCAUUGUGGCAGAGGAAGAUGGGCGAUACUCUGUGGACUACUCUAAAUUUGGCAACACGGUGAAAGUGCCCACCCCUUCGUGCACUGCUAGGCAGCUGGAGGAGGACAAGAGCAUUAUGGACACCAUGCCAUUGUCCCCUAAAGGCACAAUAAGGAAGAGGUCUGUCAAGCUAAAGCCCAAGUUUACCAUAUGCGAUGAGCCUUCCUGAUGCCUUUUGACUGGGAAACUCUGUUAGGGCUUUCUGUCUGAAAGAUCUCAUAAACUCAAAACACUGAGGUGGCCUCUUACUUUUUUUUAA